AUGAAUUCAACCACACCAACGCUACAAAGCCCGUCGUCCUCACAGCCAUGGCAGGUCCCUGACAAAAAAUUGAUGGGACUAGUCCUGCAGUCAUCUCUCCAGUGCCUCGACCGCCUUGACAGCUUCGAGCGUCAUAUGUGCGAGGAAAUACGGGAGAUCCGCAGUCACUUUAGAAAUAUCCUUGACAGCUACCAGUCAAAUGUCACAAUGACGGAUUCGGAAGGAAAUGGUAGCAUUGUAGACUCCCAGGCCGGACUCGAUGGCCGUAAUGCUAUUCCACCGUUUGCAUCUUCACACAACCCCUGCUUGCCAGAGAAAGACUUAUUUCUCCACGGCGCCCGAAGAUUUGCCGAUCAUGUAGCGCCACAGUACAGCAUGUACUCUGAGAGCUUUCCGGCAUUCUGUGACCCGCGUGCCAGCAGAUCAUCAUCAGAGAAUUUAUCACUCCGUGACACGUCCGGUUCCGUCCACUGUGAGCCCACUGCACAACCCCUCCAGGGCAUUUAUUUCAAGGAGUAUGUCCCAUUAAAUGCUUCAGCCAGACCCGACACACAACUGCCUGUUCCCGUUGUGCAGGCUAGCCAAGCAAAGGACAGAGUAAAAUGCACUAGGAACGGGUGUUUGACACUCGUCAAAAAGGAUAACCUCACUCAUCACAUUAACGAGGUGCACGAGGGGAAGGUUAAGGCUGUUUGUCCAAGCUGCGGACAGAGGUUCAAGCGCCCGAAUCUGAUGAAGGAGCAUGUCUUUCGGACCGGAUGUGGAAGAUUCUAG